AUGGCGCUGCGCACCCAGGUUGAGAUAAAUGCGCCUGCGGAGAGAGUAUGGGAAAUCAUGGGCAAUCUGCGAGAAUGGAGUUCUUUCAAUUCAUUUUUAAAAAUCGAGAACGCACCGGACACGCCGGCUCCUGGCCAGUCCCUGCGCGUGUCCUUCCAACCUCCGGGCCACGCCAAGCCCACUGUGAUGGCUCCCCAGGUCGUCGCCUACAAGCCCGGGACGGAGCUUCGGUGGCGAGGCAAGCUGUUCGGAUCUGACCUAUUUUUCGUGGGGGAGCAUUUCUUCACCCUCCAACCUGUGGGGACGGACCGGACGUUGCUGCUUCAUGGCGAGGAUUUCAAGGGCUGUCUUGUCCCGCUGUUGGGUUCCGUCCUGGCGGAUACGAAGAAGGGGUUUGUGGAGUUCAACGAGGGGCUAAAGCGGGCAGCGGAGCAGCCCCGUGAUGGCUGA